ACAUGCUCAGGACUGUACGAAUCAAAAGACCAGUCGCAUUCGCGUGCCAUUAACAAUAUUCGCCAAAUCUAUACCAGUUGUAUGGAUCAGCAACGUCUAGCGCAACUCGGUGGCACCGAACUCGUCAAAGCCAUCGAGAACUACCGUAUCCAACGUGUCCCGCCACGAUUUAUACUAGCUACCGUAACGCUACCGUAUUCUACCGUAACCCAAAGGGUUUUUGCAGCAAAUGGGGCACUGGCCAAUAGUGCACGGCGAGAAAUGGCAAGCCAACGAAUUCGAUUUGACAAAUUUGCUGAUCUACACGAGCGUGACCAGGUCCAUGGAGAUCUUCCUGGAUAUCUACGUGUCCCAAGAUCAGCGUAA